AAUGAAUAUUCAAGAGAAAAAACUUUUCUUUGUUGACGAAGUUAAAUUUGAUUUAAAUUUCAUAGAUCAAAUUUUCGUUAAUUGAAACGCAAUCAUCAUUAAAUGAUUUUAAAGUUUGAUUAUCUUCUAAGUUGAUUAUGGGAAAUUUUAUAUCAACAAAUGGCAAUAAUAAUAAUAAUAAAAAUUCUUCAAAUGAAAAGCAAAAUGAUUCCAAUGAUCAAGAUCAAGAUCAAUUUACUACAAGAAAUUUGAUCGAUGCAGCACUAUCUGAAAUAAAAAAUACAAGAUCUUCAGCAUUGAUAUCAUUGCCGAUCAAAGACAGUAAUGAAAAUCUUUUGGAUCACAACAAUAAUGGUGGUAAAUUGAUUAAUCUAUUAUCUCAGAAUAGUAUAAGUAUCAAUUUGCCAGAAAUUCUGGAUAGUCAAGACGAAAUAAGUGUAUUACGAUUACUUAUCAAAUUAUUAUCCGGUAAAGUUAAGAAACUACAAGAAGAAAAUUCCUAUUUAUAUGAACAGAUUAAUGUUAUAUAUGAUAUUAAUAUUGAAUUAUGUAAGAUGUUGGAUCGAAAAUUUGAAAAAUGA